CAGACUAGCAGCUAGCGACCUGGUUCGGCAGCCACCUGUCACUCAAGGUACCCGUAAUUAUGCAGAACUUGAAAUAACAGGGGAGGCAGGAAAGGCAGAGGGAGUCGUGGUGGGAGCGCCGUCUCGUGGUGAUUAGCCGGGCUGCAUCGGGGAGCUGGAUUUAUGGCACGCAGCUGUUGAGUGGCUGACAGACGAGUGAGUGGCUCAAGCGCUGCUGCUUCUCAAGCUGCUCUUACCAGCUCGAGCUCUGCUUACCGUAGGAGAGAGGACUGCUGUGCCCGGACACACACACACACACACACAACGUCAGCAGAUGGUGCGGGAGCAGUAUGUCACCACCACCCAGGGCAGCAGCUCGCCCAGGCCGGUGCCCGACCACGUCUACAAGAUCGGCAUCUACGGCUGGAGGAAGCGCUGCCUCUACCUGUUUGUCCUGCUGCUCAUCAUCAUCCUGGUGGUGAACUUUGCCCUCACCAUCUGGAUCUUCAGGGUGAUGUGGUUCAACACGGAAGGGAUGGGACUCCUCCAGGUAAACUCGGAUGGGGUCAAGCUGGAGGAUGGCGAGUCUGAGUUCCUUUUCCCUGUCUACGCUCAGGAGAUCCACUCCAGAGAAGACUCUUCACUUCUCGUGCACUCAUCGGAAAAUGUUUCGCUUAAUGCCCGCAAUGAAAAUGGUGAAGUCACAGGGAGGCUAUCUGUGGGUCCAACGCAGGCUCAGGGACACACUCGAAAUCUGCUCAUUAACUCCCACAGUGACAACAUGCUGUUCAGUGCAGAUGGCGACCAGGCUGUGAUUGGACCGGACAAACUACGAGUCACAGGGCCUGAAGGAGCUCUGUUCCAGCAUUCAGUGGAGGUGCCCCUGCUGAAAUCUGAACUUUUUAAAGACCUGAGGCUGGAGUCUCCGACUCGCUCUCUAACUCUGGAAGCGCCAAAAGGAGUUCAUUUCAAAGCGCUGGCCGGCAACAUUGAAGCUGCUUCCAACAUGGAUGUCAUUCUGCAGUCUACGAUAGGACUGCUGGUGCUGGAUGCUGAGACGGUGCGCAUGCCGAGCUUGCCCCAGAGCGAAGGAGGGGUUUCUGGAAAUGCUCAGGGUCUCUUUGAGGUCUGUGUUUGUCCCAGCGGCAAGCUCUUCCUGUCCAAGGCUGGGGUCACCUCCACUUGCAGCGAGAGUCAGGACUGCUAGAAAGACUCUGACGAGGUAAUCGAUUUUUCAUCUCUCUGUAGAUGCAUCUUCUGGGAGGCAACAAGCACAACUGUUUAUAUUUGGCCUGGAGUUUUUUUCCCCUUUUUUUGUUUUUAAAUCUUUAUACCACAGUGGGUCUCUGAUGAUCUCAGAGAUAAGAUCCCACUGGCACAUCGAGGCCUGUAAAAAUACAAAUGCCUGCUGGCGUACAAGUAGGAGAUGUCAUGAAAUGCAUCCUUUUAGUUGCAUUUAUGAUCUUCUAACCAUUCAGCUGAAACUCAUCUUUCCAAAUGUAUCAGCAUCAGAGCUUUGUAAAGAGGUUUUUUUACACACACAGUAUCAUGGCUGGGCAAUGAGGAGCUGGUAACGGCUUACAUCCUAUGCAAUAUUAUCUUGUGGUGCAAUAAAUAAAUUGACGCAUAUCAAGGGCUUGGAAUAAUAAUAAAACAUCUCUCAAAUGCAGAACAAAAGUUAUUUUGGUCUACCUCUGCCCUCCUGGGUGGUCCAAGCCCUUGGUGUGUAUUAUUGUUUUUGUCUUGUCUUGGUGUUCAGCAUGUUUUUAUUUAAUUGGGGGUGACAUUUUGUGAAAUGCUGGUAAAUAUCUUGUCAUUGUCAUGUCAGAGAUUGCUUUAAUGUUUUCUUCUUUUUAUUUUACUCUAAUCAGAUAAAACACGAGGCCUCGGACUUGUUUCUUUUUGUUUAACGACUUUUUAAGAUUUGAGAAUAAAAUGCCAAGUGUUUAUGGUACCAAUGAAGUGUUUCUAGUGCGGUAUCAUGUGUUUGCGUGCAAGUAUAUGUUUUUAGUUGCUACGCAUAUGUAUGUUUUGGCCUGUAUAUUUUUAAGCCCCACUUAAGCAUGUAAUUAUGCUUUAGCUACAAGACCUAGAAGGGCUGUUUGUUCAGUAACCUCAUUUACAGCCAAGGGUCUAUGACCUAAAAAAAAGUUGUUUUUUUAAGUCAAAUGCCUUAUUUCUUUUUACACAAUAUGCAUGAAGGGUGAUAAAACUACAUUUGCUGAAGAUUCUCUGUUCAUUACAUCAAAAAAGGCAAUAUUGUGUACUGGCUGCAUUGAGUUUCGCAUUUUUUUAAAUGCAAGACUGCAUAAGUAUUAUCUCUAAAUUUUAUUAUUACAAUUUAUAAGUAGAUGAUUUGCAAGUCUCACAUGUUCUAGAAUUUUUUGAUAGUGUGUAAUGUGCAUUUAUUUUUGUAUGUUGAAUAAACUUUGUGCUAUUCUAUG